AUGGCGAGGCGGGCUCCAACUGGGGCCCUUGUCCUGGCCCUGGAGCUCUGGGGCUGGGUGUUGGUUCUGGCGGGGGCCAUGGACGCCAUGGGUCCUCACACGGCUGUCCGUCUGGCCGAGCUGCUGACCCCGGAGGAGUGCAGCCACUUCCAGUCGCUCCUGAAGGCGCCGGAGCCGGAUGUCGAGGCCGAGCUGGCCAGACUGUCUGAGGAUCGGUUGGCCCGGGCCGAACCCGAACCGCCAGGGACCAGGUCGGGGUCUCCCGGCCGGCAGCGACGGGAGGCGACGGGCCCGGCGGCUGACCCCAAGGAGGUAUCCGACGGCUGCCGGGAGGGGCUGGCGGCUUGGCUGGCGGCAGAAGCCCUGACGCUGCCCUGGGACCGUGUGGCCCGGGCCCUGCGGCGCUGCGGCCGCCCCGACGUGGCCCGGGAGCUGGGCAAGAACCUCCACCAGCAGCCCCCGGGCCCCGCCCCGGCCGCGCGCUCCCGCCGCGCCUCGGUCCCGGAGCCCAACUGGGAUGAACUGGAGCUGGUCUUGGAGCGACUGCCGCAGGCACCAUACGAGCGCAGCCCUCUGGGCUGGGCCGGGCCGCUGGCGCUGGGCCUCUUCACGGGCUUCGUGGGGACACUGGGCGCGGGGGCGCUGUUCAUCCUCCUGACACUGUGGAUCACGGGCGGCGAUGGUGACGGAGUGCGGCCCGGCAGCCCCGGCCCGCCCACCCCUGCCUGGCUCAGGCCCGACGAGGCCCACAGCUGGUGGGAGGCGAAGCCGCUCGUGAGUGAGGAGCAGCUCCUAUCGCAGGGGGCCUGGGCCCACUCGGUCCGAGCUACAGGUGGGCCAGAUCCUCCCUCACCCCAGUGCCCCCGGCUGUAA